CUGUACUCCCUGUACUCGUUGGUGAAACGAGCGAAAUCUGUUUGACAGCUUGGUGCGUUAUGUUUUGGACUGUUUUGGACAAUGGUUUCCUACGUCGUUAAUCGCCGUCACGCGUAACCGUGCUCGAUUACAUCGAGACCUGCGAAGUUUACGUUUUUUUUUUUACUAAUGAAAGAAGCACGAUGUUGAAGUACGGUUUUCCCAUUACGAUAAUCGUUAUCGUCUAUCUGUCACAGCUGUCUGAGGCGCAAUAUGACGACAAGAGAUGCAAGUGCAUCUGCCCGAGUCUCUCUUCCGUCACAAACACGACGCAGUCGGCCACGGAGCGUCUCACAUACAUUAUAAAUGUUCCACCGUUACAAUGCAAGUGCGAGAGCGUCGUCCUGCCGAAACUUGGUGAUCAGAUAAAGGGCAAAGAAGAGGUAUUUUGCUCGCGAUGCGACUGCAAAUACGAAAACAGGAACACGACUAUUAUUAAGAUCGUGGUGAUAAUAGUUAUAUGGGUUAUCUCGUUGUUAGUAAUUUAUAUGUUAUUUUUAAUUUGUCUGGAUCCGUUGCUUAACAAACGGAUACACAAGGCGUCGGCAAAUAUUGGUUAUCAUGAACAUAAUAAUGAAGAGGACGACUCGUCUCUUGCACCUGGAACGUCACAUCCAAUGGGGGAAAGGGGCAAUGUUUUGAAUCGCGUCGGACACCAGCAAGACAAGUGGAAGCGACAGGUUCGGGAACAGAGGCGGAAUAUUUAUGAUCGUCAUACUAUGCUGAACUAAGUUGCACAUUUUGUUCUCUAAGUAUGUAAAAUAUUCACACAUACAGAAUACUUCUAGUUGCGAUUUGUUCAAUCCUUUCACAACAAACCUUCCGCGAAUAGUUUGUAUCGAUCAAAUAUAAAUAUAUUGCAGUAAUAAAGUAACAUUAAGCGUCA